AUGGCUGAACAAAACCCUAGAAAGUCCAUUGUGGAAGACGUUUUUAUUCCCAAAGAACUACUCACGACUGCUAAAUUCAACUCGCCCUGGGAAUUGGCUAGAUGGGAACAGUCUCUCCCCGACAACAAUCGUAUAUCACUCCCAGAGGCUCGCACGUCUUCCAAUCGUCCUCUGAGUCUUUCUGCUCUGCGAGCAUUACCAAGACCGAAGUCUGCAAUUCGGUCCCGUGGACGCAGUGAUCCUCCCGCUUUUCAGGGCACACUCGACUACGAUACAAAGCCCACCACAUUUGAGCCUCCCUCUCCAAUCCCCGAGAAAGGACCAAUAACGCCAGUUGAGAAUGCAUUCCUCAAUCCCCAAUCACCCAGCAACUCCAGCUCCCAGACAAUCAGUAGCGAGCAGAGCAGCCUGCAAGAAGUUUACGAAAAAGCCAAAUUAAGAGGUGUUGCCAUCCAACGAAAGUAUUGGGUGCGGUUAUUGUUUGAAUACAGCAUCUAUGCAUUCCUCGUUCUGUUUGUCUACUUUGUUCUCAUCGGUAUGCCACUGUGGAAAGGUGCUGUCUGGUGGCUAUACUAUGUUGUCCGAACCAAGUUCGUUAUCCAAGGAGGAUACGCAAUUACCAUUGGUCUUGCCGCCCUAUACGCAUUCUGUCCUCUAAUGAUCCUCUUCGAGAAGGAUCCUCCGGCUGCAGACUCUGAAUCCGAAUCUCCAGACUUGGAGAGUAACAUCUCCAAGGUAAAAUCAACUGCCCUCCUCAUCCCCUGCUAUAACGAAUGGCAACUCCAAAACCCCCUCGACAACACAGAAGAAGUCUGCAAACCCUACGGCGUAAAUCACCUCUGGGUACCCAUCGGCUCGAAGAUCGUGGCGCAGUUCGUUGGCUGCUAUGCAGCCAAAGACUUUGAAAAUGCUGUCCUAAUCGACGACGACUGCCUCCUACCCCCAAACUUCCCAAUCGUCAGCGACAGACUCAAGAAGAACGUCAAAUGCAUCGGAUACACAAUUAAAAGUGUCGGCCCCAAUUCCUCAAAGGGUACAUACUGCCAACAAGCCCAGGACCUCGAAUACAAAAUGUCCGGUAUCCAGCGUGCUUUCUUCGGGAAAUUCGGAAGUGCUACAUUCCCACACGGAGCUAUUUCGCUCUGGAAUAUCGAGUUCUUAAAACAGACAUUCCAUGAACAUCCCGGUUUCUCCGUGUCCGAGGAUUGGUUCUUCGGCGAUGCGUGCCGACGUCUAGGUGGACGCAUCACGAUGUGCUCGCAGGUCUUUGUCGAAACCGAAACGCCGGCUUCGGUGUUCUGGAGUGGUUCUGGUGGUAGUCGUGGUGGAUUCGGUGAAAUGACCAUCUUCCAGCAACGGUUUAAGCGGUGGAAUUUCUUCUUCGUUGUUGGUAUUUACUACGAUUUGAAGUAUAUUUUCACUAGCUGGAAGCUGGGUUGGUGGGAGUUUGGUGCUAAGUUAUGUGUUUUCCAAGAGGUCUACGAAACCCUUAUCUACCUUCUCGCCCCAUUCGUCCUCCCAAUCUCAUUCAUAGUCCGUCCCUCAUUCUGCGGAAUGCUUCUCGGCGUCACGAUUGCGAUGUACAUCCUCAACGUGAUAAUCUUCAACGAGAUUCACCUCCGAUUAAAGAAAGAGCGCAUCGACUGGAAAGUCCUGUUGUUCUAUUAUACGUUCUACAAGAUUGCAUUGACAGUCGUCAAUGUGUUCAGCUGCUACUGGUCGCUAUACAAGUAUGCGCGGUACUUUGCGCAGCGGCAUCCGAAGGUCAUUGAGGACCGGGAUGCAGUUGAAGUGUUACUUAGUCUGGAGAAUGAUUCGAACUCGAGGAGGACAUCGGUUGAGGAUGAUGUUAUUCCACUUGAGGGUGGUAUGCUAGGCAAGGGCCUUGGGAGGAAGCUGACGCUUACGAAGGUCCAGGCUGGGAAGAGGAGGAUGACAGGGGAGGAUGAGAAGGCUGGAUGGAUUUGA